AUGUACUCUCCAGUCAAAGACAUAAACUUCCGUAUCUGGACCGGUGCCUUUGAGAAGUGUUUCUAUUGCUGGGAUGUAAUCCUUCUUGAUAGUGUUCUCAUCGAAUUCUGUCGUUUCAAGGGUGUGUUGCAUCACCUGGAAACCGUGAUUGUCAAGAUCGAAUUGGUCUUCAUAGCCUCGGAUAUCGUGUAUCGUCUCAGCGUGACCUGUUCUAAGCCGGAAGUUGCUCUUGUCGCAACCAUCUGGGACCUCGGACAAGAUCUCAUAUGGUUUCUGUCGUAA